GUUUAUUGUUUAAAUGUAUGAACUUUCAAGGAUUCUAUUUUGCCCUAAAUAGAGCGUGAUAUGAGCUUAGAAUUGUCACAGGAUGGAUGAUAAUUUCAUUAAGCUUAUGCCAAGGAAAGAAUAUGCUUCCGCUUACUCCAAGUAUAUGAGCGAAAACUUUGGAGCUGGCUUGUCUUCAUCCGCUAUAGCUGGUAUUGUUAUAGGAGUAAUACUUGGUAUUAUAUUAAUAAUUCUAUUUGGUAUAUUCAUUUAUUAUUGUCAUCUACGUUAUUCACGUUAUCAAUCUGCUUAUGAUACAGAUGAAGCACUUGGAAAUAAUUUUCAAUCAGCUGAACAUGCAUUACAACAAAAAUAUCAUAAUCAUCCUGAUGUUAAAGCUGAAUUGUAUAUAUAAAUGUACAUAUUUAUUCUCUUCUAUUAUAAUAAAUAUUUUACUAUUAUUCCUUAUUUAUACAUUUAUAUAGAUUCACGAUAAUACAUGAAUUAAAAUUGUUUAAUUUUUUUUUUAAAAAAAACAAUAAAGGAAAAUCAAUCAAUUAUUUAUUCAAUAAUUGUGCAUUGUACUCUAAUAUGUAAGAUAUUGAUAUAAUUGUUUAUAUUAAAACAGUUUUAAAAUUUGAAAAAUCAUACACACACUCACAUACACACAAACACACACAUAAACACCCAUACACACAUGAACACAUAAUGUAUAGUUAAUGAAUAAUUUUGACAGUU